AUGUAUCGACGGGCUUUGGACACACGGGAGAAGUUGCUUAGACCGGAGCAUCCCAAGACACUUGUGAGUGUUAGUGACUUUGGCAAUUUGCUUAACAACCAAGGGAAAUAUGAAGAGGCGGAAGCGAUGCAUCGACGGGCGUUGGAAGCACGAGAGAGGGUGCUUGGAUGUGAGCAUCCUGACACACUCAUCAGUAUUAACAAUCUUGGGUCGGUGCUUGAUAAACAAGGGAAAUAUGAAGAGGCGGAAGCGAUGCAUCGACGGGCGUUGGAAGCAAAAGAGAAGGUGCUUAGAUGUGAGCAUUCCAAAACUGUGACCAGUCUCGAUGCUCUUUAG